AUGAAUUUAGGUAACGAUCAGAAGUUCCUUGUUCAGGUUGAUGAAACUGAGGAUACCGAAUGGAAUGAUAUUUUAAGACAGCAUGGUGUUAUACCGGAAAGGCCACCUUCGCCAACCGCUCAAUUAGAAGAAGCCAUAGAAGAAGCCCUUCAAAAGCAGCACGACAAUAGACUAGAAGGUAAGGAUUUCUCUGAUUUAGAGGAACUAGAAGAUGACGAAGAUGAGGAGUUUCUAGAAUUCUAUAAACAGAAGCGUAUGGCUGAAUUACAAAAAUUACAUCAGAAAUCGAGAUUCGGCCAAGUAUUCCAUAUUACAAAACCUGAAUAUAAUGAAGAAAUUACGCAAUGUAGCAUGGGAAAGGCUGAAGGUGAGGGAGUUUAUGUAUUUGCACAUUUAUCCUCAGAAGCCAAGCUACAAAGUAGGUUGCUAUCUGCAUUGAUGCAACAAGCUGCUAGCAAAUUUCCGGAUGUGAAAUUUGUUGACAUUCCAGCCACCAGAGCAAUUGAAAACUACCCAGAAGAUAAUACUCCGACUUUAUUAGUUUACUAUAAAGGUGACGUAGUCAAAAACCUUGUUACCCUUUUGGAAUUAGGAGGCAACAAUACUACGUUAUUGGAUCUGGAAAAACUAAUGGUAAGAGUUGGAGCAGUAAACGAUAAGGACGAAAGGCUUCUUAUUAAUCAAGAUGACGAAGAAUCUAGAGAACAACGUCGUUUAAAGUACUCUAACAAGAAAGGAAUUCGAUCAGGUAUUUCGGAUCGGUUCAAUGUCGGCGUAGGUGAUGAUUACGAUGAUGAUGAUGAUGCUUAUUUUAAUUAA